AUGGUAGCUCUUACAAAGAAUCAAGCACGAGCGUUGUCGCCAUCAUUUUCCGUCAAGGAACUUGAUCAGAAUGUCCUCCACGCCGGGGCCGAACAACAACAACAACAACAACAACAACAACAACAAAAUAAGGAGAAUCUCAGUAUCAGUAUGACACCACCAUUGUGGUUGGAAAUGGAACCAGAAUCAUCCACAGCAGCAAUCACUGAUAAUCGUGACAUGCCUGUUUCUUCUUCUUCUUCUUCUUCUUCUUCUAGUAGUCAGGUCACUACUACCAGCAGUGCCACUGUCACUACAGAAGCAAGGCUGUCCAACAAGAACAGCAAGAACAAGAACAACAAACAGACCAGGUUGGUUACAUUUUGCGAGGAUGUUCAGGUUCGUCCCAUUCCAGCAUUGACCCAACAAGAGAAACAUGACAUGUUUUAUGACAAGCAAGACAAAAAGAGCGCGAAAUUGGAUGUCAAACGAUUGGUAACCUACCAUCGUUCUUCCGCUCACAACCAUUAUUUUUUCUCCACGGAUCGUGAAUAUGCCACACGAACCCCCCAAGAUUCCGAAAUGAUGAUUCCUGUUGCAGUGGACGAACGUACCAAAAUUGGAUUGGAGGCCCACAUUCAUCCGCAAUUCAAAAUUAGCAUUCGCAAACGCAUGACCAAGUUGGUAUUGCAACAUCAACAUUGGCACCAACAGCAUCCCAACUUUUUUGACAUUUCCUUUUUGAGUGAAAACUGUACGACUGUUGCCAAAACGGCAACCUUGAUGGCACAGGAACGAGCCCAAAACAUUGUCCGGGAGUUGAAACGAGAAACGGCACAAGAAGCACCCAGCAUUCACAAUAUUACAGUGAACAACAACAAGAGCAACAACAACAACAACAGCAACAACAAGAGGGAUUUGAAUGAAUUGAAGAAGGUAGAACAAGACCAAGACUAUUCCUUUUCGGUUCGCAUUCUUUGCUCCUCCUCUGAGCGCAUGCUAUCCAACAAUGCUAACAAUGCCAAUGCUAAUGUCACGACCGCACCUGCUAUCGAAGCGGUGGUUGCAACCACCAGUACGGCCGUCGUCACCAAGGAAUCAUCAUCAUCAUCAUCAUCCUCUCAUGCUAGUAUGGAGGCUCCUGGUCAUUCUUGCAUGGUGCGAUAA